ACGCAGACUGCUUCUACAAACAUUUGUGAAACACUGUGCAAUAAGUCCAUCUGUGAAAUUUCCUUGCUACUAAAUAUUCCACGGUCAACUGUUAGUGAUAUUAUAACAAAGUGGAAGCAAUUGGGAACAACAGCAACUCAGCCACGAAGUGGCAGGCCAUGUAAAAUGACAGAGUGGGUUCAGCACAUGCUGAAUCGUGCAGUGCGCAGAAGUUGCCAAGUGUCUGCAGAGUCAAUAGCUAAAGAACUCCAAACUUCAUGUGGCCUUCAGAUUAGCACAACAACCGUGCUUAGAGAGCUUCAUGGAAUGGGUUUCCAUGGCCGAACAUCUGCAUACAAG